GCCCACAGAAGUUGUGGAAAUAGUGUGUGUGAGUAAAGUAGACAGAAAGAAGGAGAGGGUGGGCCUGGGAGCAGAGAGUAGAGUGGGAGGGGGAAAAGAGUCAGAUUAUGUGCUCAAGCAAGCCAGAGGCUUGUCUGGGGUGUGGACUUAAAAAGAGGGCUGGGUAAAAGUGGGCGGACGAGUAGUUCCUAGUGAUUGUGCAUUUAGACUCUGAGUCUGAAAUUAGUAUCCUUCAGAACAGCAGGAAUUAGACUUGAAGAGACUCACAGCCAUCAAACACACUGCCAUCAUGCUGAUCCUCCUCGCUGCCAUCUUUGUUAUCCACAUCAUUGGCAUCAUCCUCCUCCUGGUGGCCACCAUCGACAAUGCCUGGUGGAUGACUGACACUAUAUCCACUGAUGUCUGGUCCCGCUGGGUGCAGACCAACGGAGUGUGGAACCUCACUGAUCUCCCCACAGGAUCACACUACCCACAGGAUUACCUCCAGGCAGUGCAGGCCAGCUCAGUGCUCGCUUGUAUAUUCUCCAUCCUGGGCAUCUUUGUGUUUGUGGCUCAGCUCUUCACCCUGCCUAAAGGACAGAGGUUCACCAUCUCUGGCAUCUUUCAGCUUCUUGCCUGCCUGUGCAUCAUGAUCGCAGCCUCCAUCUACACAGACAUCUUCCACAAAGACGAGAAGUUCGGCUGGUACGGUCACUGCUUCAUCCUGGCGUGGAUCGCUUUCGCUCUCACGUUCAUCUCCUCCAUCACUUACUUUGUGCUACGUAAGAAGACGGCGGCGUGAGAAGGACACUAGAGCUAGCUCCAACCAGCCCAAAACCAUUGCCUGGAUCUACUCUUUCAGCUGAAAUCUGGUUUUAGUCACACAUGGUGUAAACAAUGUUUAUAUUUGACAUCAGAUUCAAGCUGCUGGUGUAUUUUCAGCUACGCACAAAGCGAACCUGUUGAUCCCCUCAAAUACACUAGUGUUUAAUUGAGUCUGCUGUCAGGGUUUUACACUUAAUGGAGUGUGUGGAUACCUCUGCAGUAAAAGGCAAGCUCAAUCAACCACACUUGUAUUUCAGUGUAUUUAACCGUGAAUUUGGGCUGGAUUUUUAAGGCAUCUUAAGAUUAAGAACAUUUUAGUUGUUACCUAAAAAAAAUGUUGCCUUACAAUAUAACAUGCUAUGAUAAAUUAAGAUCGAGCAAUAUUUUGGGCUUUUAACAAAAGCAGGUAAAGUCUGUGGUCUUUUUUUUUUUUCAAUGCUCAUUUACAACCCUGAUUCCAAAGAAGUUGGGACGCUGUGUAAAACAUUAAUAAAACAUGAAUGUAUCAAAUUUGGAGUGUAUAUUUACAAAAACAAAAGUUUAUCAGUUUAAAUGUUAAAUAUAUUGUCUUUGUACAGUCAAUAUAUGUCACAAAGGAUCAGCAAUUCUGUUUUAUUUACAUUUUAGACAACGUCCCAACUUUUUUUGGAAACAGGGUUGUACAUAUUGAUUAAAAGGUUAUUAUUGGAUAGAAGGGCGAGUUUAUAUUAUUAUUUUUCAGUUUUUUCAUUGUUAGUUUAUCAAUUUUAUUCCAUUUAUCUGCUCCGGUCUUACUUCAUAUAAUGCUCCACUAAUUGAUAUGAUAGCACUACGGCAAAGCUGUGCCUGUUUUAAAAGUCUUUAAAAAUCCAUUUAUAUAUGUCGCCUGUUGUGUGUAAUCUAAUGAUAAGAAUAUGUGAUGAUAUAAAAUAUAAAAUGAGUAAAAUAAUA